CCACCUCCUCUUCCCAAGGCCUCCCCAGACCCCUGGCUCGGGCCCAGCCUGCGGCUCCGCCAUGCCCCGGGGGAGGCGCGGUGGCCGGGUGAGCGCCCUGGAGGGCGGCCCGGAGGAAGAGGCGCCCCCGGGGGCGGCUGCUGUGCCCUCCGUGUCGUGGGCGUCCCAGCUGCAGCCCGAGGCGGCGGCCGAGCAGAUUCUGCUCCGGGGCAUCUUCGAGAUCGGGAGGGACAGCUGCGACGUGGUGCUGAGCGAGCGGGCCCUAAUGUGGCGGCCCAUCCAGCCCGAGCGCCCGGCGGGUGAUUUCAAGUAUGAUUUACUAUGUAAAGAAGAAUUUAUUGAACUGAAGGACAUAUUCUCUGUCAAACUGAAGCGACGUUAUUCUGCAAAACAGCAGAGAAGUGGUACUUUGUUAGGUAUCACACUCUUCAUAUGUUUGAAAACGAAACAAAAUAAAUUAAAAGAUUCUACACUUGAUCUUAUUAAUUUAAGUGAAGACCACUGUGAUGUAUGGUUUAGACAGUUCAAGAAAAUUUUGGCAGGUUUUUCAAACAGACCAAAGUCAUUAAAAAUAUUCCUUAACCCCCAAAGCCACAAAAAAGAAGCUACUCAGGUCUAUUAUGAGAAGGUUGAACCACUGUUGAAAAUUGCAGGAAUAAAGACUGAUGUAACAAUAACACAAUAUGAAGGGCAUGCUCUGUCACUGCUAAAGGAAUGUGAACUACAGGGAUUUGAUGGUGUCGUCUGUGUUGGUGGAGAUGGAUCUGCCAGUGAAGUAGCCCAUGCUUUGCUUCUUAGAGCCCAGAAGAACGCUGGGGUGGAAACAGACAGCAUCCUGACUCCUGCGCGAGCACAGCUUCCGCUUGGUGUAAUACCAGCAGGCUCUACUAACAUAUUGGCACAUUCUCUUCAUGGAAUCCCUCAUGUGGUAACUGCAACUUUGCACAUUAUAAUGGGGCACGUACAACCGGUCGAUGUCUGCACCUUCAGCACCUCUGGCAAGCUUCUUCGCUUUGGAUUCUCAGCCAUGUUUGGCUUUGGCGGAAGAACUUUGGCUCUGGCAGAAAAACAUCGGUGGAUGUCCCCCAACCAACGGAGGGAUUUUGCUGUAAUUAAAGCAUUGGCAAAACUUAAGCCAGAGGACUGUGAAAUAUCAUUUUUACCAUUUAACAGCUCUCAGGAUCUACAAGAAAGGAGGGCACAGGAAACUCCCAAAUCUGACCGUAAUGAACAGUGGCAAAUGAUCCAGGGUCAGUUCUUGAAUAUCAGCAUUAUGGCAAUUCCUUGCCUAUGUUCAGUGGCACCUAGAGGCUUGGCACCUAAUACCAGAUUAAAUAAUGGAAGUAUGGCUCUUAUAAUUGCGCGAAACACUUCUCGACCAGAAUUUAUAAAACACCUGAAAAGAUAUGCCAGUGUUAAAAAUCAGUUCAAUUUUCCAUUCAUUGAGACUUAUACUGUUGAAGAAGUAAAAGUUCACCCAAGGAAUAAUACUAGUGGACAUAAUCCAGAGGAGCAGGAUCGACCGCAUGAAACUGCUUCAGAAAGUAGUUUUCCUUGGAAUGUAGAUGGUGAUUUAAUGGAAGUUGCAUCAGAGGUCCAUGUUAGGUAAGUAAUUAUUUCAUCACCUUUUGUGUCCACAGUAGACACAAAACUAAUAGUAUAAUGGAAGC